UUCUCUUUACAAAUUUACUAUUGAUCCUUUGUCUAGUAAGUAGUAGUAACCCACCGAAACAAUACUAAAAAAUUUCAUUUAAAUUAUAUUUGGUCACGGACAACGGUCUCACCGCCCACACAUGUCUCAUGGCUUGAGCCUAUCUAUUAUGACUACAGAAUACAUAUUGAAACAAUUAAAGAAACAAUAAGGACAAGUUUUUAGUGUUUUCUAAAGAACCAGUUUUUGUGUUCACAUUAAUAAAAACUAAAAAGAGGAUUCCCGCCAUGCACACGAACCAACACCAAGAGCCUUUUUUAACGUAUUUAUUUGAGGCAACAAGUAUUUAUUUUUGUUCUUAUUUCACACUAGCUCUAAAAACCGGUUAACAAUUGAACCAGUCAAAACCGGACGUAUGAAAGCGUUUACUGUCUUCUCUGACUUACGCGUUGACCAAUGACUAGAGUAUUUUGAAAAACCUUCGUGUGAUAUUAACCGGUUACUGUAACUAUCCGUACAGUAUACUAACCUGCUAUUGCCGGUCAAUAAAAAAAAUCCAUGAGCACCAUUUAUUUAACACAGUGUGACAAAUAUCAAAUCCUUGAGUCAUUAUUAUCUCUUUCCUCUCUCACGCCAAAAAUUUCAUCUUCUCUCUCUAUCUCUCCUCUUGGAACCCUAAAAACACAAGGAUCGAUCUUUUGUAUUUUUGAUUUUGUCAUUGGCUUUGUGUUCGAUCUCUGUUUUGAUGCGAUUUCUCUGUUUUUAACGGCGUUUGAUUGAUUCUUUUCCGGCAAAGCUGAGUGAGUGAGAGAGAAGAAGAAGAACAAUGGAGUUUACAGAUUUCUCAAAGACGAGUUUCUAUUACCCGUCGUCGCAAAGCGUUUGGGAUCUCGGAGAUUUAGCGGCGGCUGAGAGGAAUUCUUUAGGGUUUAUGGAGUUAUUGGGUUCUCAGCAUCAUGACUUUGCUACUGUUUCUCCUCAUUCCUCCCUUCUCGAAACGCCUCAACAGCAAACGCAACCAUCGGCGAAGCUGUCUUCAAGUAUCCUUCAAGCUCCACCGUCAGAGCAAUUAGUGACGUCAAAGGUGGAGCCUUUGUGUUCGGAUCAUUUGUUGGCAAACCCACCGGCGACUCCUAACUCGUCAUCGAUUUCGUCUGCUUCAAGCGAGGCUCUAAAUGAAGAGAAACCGAAACGAGAAGGCAACGAAGAAGAGAAGAGUCAUACUAAGAAACAGUUAAAACCAAAGAAGAAUAAUCAGAAGAGACAGAGAGAGGCAAGAGUCGCAUUCAUGACAAAGAGUGAGGUUGAUCAUCUCGAAGAUGGUUAUCGCUGGAGAAAAUAUGGUCAAAAAGCUGUCAAAAACAGUCCUUUUCCCAGGAGUUACUACCGUUGCACAACGGCUUCAUGUAACGUGAAGAAGAGAGUGGAGAGAUCGUUUAGAGAUCCAAGCACUGUGGUUACAACCUACGAAGGUCAACACACACACAUUAGUCCACUCACGUCUCGUCCUAUUUCAACUGGAGGCUUCUUCGGAUCAUCAGGAGCUGCUUCGAAUCUCGGUAAUGGCUGCUUUGGGUUUCCUAUUGAUGGCUCUACGUUAAUCACUCCUCAGUUCCAACAGCUUGUCCAUUACCACCAACAACAACAACAACAACAACAACAAGAACUCAUGUCUUGUUUUGGAGGAGUCGGUGAGUACCUUAAUAGCCACGCAAAUGAGUAUGAUGAUGAUCAUCGUGUGAAGAAGAGUCAAGUUUUGGUUAAAGAUAAUGGACUUCUUCAAGAUGUUGUUCCGUCUCAUAUGUUGAAGGAAGAGUAGUAUAUAGUCUUCUUAUAUAGUAUUUAAUCUAGUUUUUUUCUUUUCUUGUUGUAUAAUUGUCUAAAAGAAACGGUUCUUUUGUCCUCGUGAAGAUGUUUUCUUGUGGUUCUAAAAUCGUUAGGUAAUGAAUGUAUCAAGCCGAGAAAGUACUUAUGAUUUUUCACCAUGGAAUCAAUAGGAAAGUAAUUCUAAUU